AUGAGGAUGAAGAGCGGGAAAGUCAGGCUGAUCGAGAUGAAGAGUAUGACCCUCAGGAUUAUCUCACGGUGUAUAGGGGUAGGGAGAUUUGUUAGUAGCAGUCAAGUGAGUCAGCCUUCCACCAGCUCAGCAGAGACAUGGGUAGUGCAGCAGCCGAUGCCAGGUGGUCUUGAGGAUGGUACUGUUAUCCCCAGUUUUGGUGGUCACGUGGCUGCAUAUAUUUGGGGCGGGCAGGAGCGUAAUGUUCUGCGCUGUUUGAGCAGGACACAGUUGUGUUCUGCAUUGGUUACCUGGCAAGGUCGUCUUGCACAGGAGCACCUGGAGUUGAUUGAUGGUAGUGGUCUGUCUCACUUACCUGGGAUCAUGUUUAGGCGUUUUGACUGGCCGUUGAUUUCUUCGUUUGUUGAGAGAUGGCAGCCAGAUACGAACACGUUUCAUAUGCCAUUUGGGGAGAUUAAGAUCAUGCUGCACGAUAUGUACCAUAUUCUUGGGCUUCGUGUUGAUGGUUCCAUGGUUUCCACUUCUCCCAGCACGGACGUCAUACGGGACGCAUGCCAGAUUACCCUGGAUAUGACUGCGGAAGAGCUGAAUGAGAAGUGCGGUACGAAAACCAUUUGGCAGGGUAGUGGGGUGCUGACCGAGAGGAUUAUGAACUCGACCUUGGACGCGCAGAGCCCCUUCAGUGUCCAUUACGGUGCGUACAUGUGGUUAGUGCUGGGCGGAUGUCUGUUUUUAGACAAGAGUGGUAACCGUACUCAUCCGUCCUUCCUCAACGAGCUUGUUGUUGAUGAUCUUUUGAUCAAUGAGUACUCUUGGGGUUCAACUGCUCUAGCAUAUCUGUAUCGCGAGUUGGGUACGACAUCAAGAAAAGAUGCCGAUUCAAUCGCUGGUUGUCUCACGCUUCUGCAGGCGUGGAUCUAA